AUGCGUAUUAGUCUAGUACUCUUAUUAUGUUUUGUUAUUGUUAUGGUCAAUUCAGCAAAUACAAGAGUAACACGUCGUCGUGUUACACCUACAACAGGACGAAAUUCAACUAAAGUAUCAGCACCAAAAUCAGCUUAUGCUUAUUUACGUAGUGUUCGUGGAAAAAAUUCUUGUGCUCGUGGAUCAUGUCCAUUCUGGGAACGACAUGGACGCUCCUUUGCAGCACUUCGAUGUUAUGCAAAACAAUAUCAAGAAUGCACAUGUCUUCAUCGCAUGUGUUUUAGUUCAUGUAUGUUUACACCUAAAGUUUGUAAUCAAGAAAUGGUUUCAUGUUUACGACAAAUUUGUCCACGAUGUAUGCCAACAUCAGCAUCUGCUAUGUGCGCCGUUUAUGAUUCACUAGCUGAACAAGUAGCUAAUGCACUUUCAGUUUUUGCUUGUUAUCCAUGUUGUCCAAUUGUUAACAACGGAGUAAUAAACAAUAAUCAGAAUGGAAGUUCAGUCUUAGAAACAACGGCUAGACUUGAAAGUUCAUCAAUAUUGCCAAUCACCACAACAAAUGGUGUAUUUUUUACUGAUUCAUCUGGCACAGAUUAUUUUACUGAAGGUGAAUUUACUGGUGGCGAAUAUCCAUCUGGUACAGGUGAAGAAGGUUUUCCUGGAACAACCCAAAAUAUUGUAAACAAUGGAAAUGGUGGAGUCUUCACUAAUACAAAUGGCAACGGCAUUCCAAAUAGCAACGGUAAUGGUUUUAUCAAUAGCAACGGUAACGGCAUUCCUAAUAGCAACGGUAACGGCAUUCCUAAUAGCAACGGUAACGGUUUUAUCAAUAGCAACGGUAACGGCAUCCCAAAUAGCAACGGCAACGGUUUUAUCAAUAGCAAUGGUAACGGUAUUCCUAAUAGUAAUGGUAACGGUUUUAUCAAUAGCAACGGUAACGGCAUUCCAAAUAGCAACGGUAACGGUUUUAUCAAUAGCAAUGGUAACGGCAUUCCAAAUAGCAACGGUAAUGGUUUUAUCAAUAGCAACGGUAACGGCAUUCCAAAUAGCAACGGUAACGGUUUUAUCAAUAGCAACGGUAAUGGUAUUCCUAAUAGCAACGGUAAUGGCUUUAUCAAUGGAAACGGUAACGGUAUUCCAAAUAGCAACGGUAACGGCUUUAUCAAUGGAAAUGGUAAUGGUAUUCCUAAUAGCAAUGGAAAUGGUUUUGUCAAUGGAAACGGUAACGGCAUUCCAAAUGGUAAUGGCAACGGUGCUUCAAAUGGAAAUGGAAACAAUGUGGUCAAUGGUAACGGUAACGGUAAUGGAAUCAGUGGAAACUGCAAUAUUCCUAAUAGCUAUCCUGGUGUAGUAUUUCCUGGCAGUGAUUUAAUCUUCUACAACAACAACUUUCCUCUUCGAAGUCAACAAGCUCUUAAACAACGAGUUCGACAAACUAUUCCUGCAACAAAACGUCGUUUAUCAACUAUUCGCCGAACACCAGUUACUUCUCCACGAACUCAAGGAGUCGUUACUGUUCGUGGUAAUAAAGUCAAUAGUGGUGUUCGUAAACCGGUGCAAACACAAAAGAAGCCUCAAACAGCCAAUCGUACCAAAACAUAUGUGCCUGGUGCUUCAGCUCGUCGACGUGGCUACCGUUCAGGUUAUAGUCGACCGUCAAGACGUUAUGCAUAUCGACCCCGAUUACCACCACCAGUAGUACCAGCUGGACGAGCACCUGGUGGUGCUGGUCUUCUUGCAGCUAUUCUUGGACCUAUUGGUGGUCUUACUGGAUGUUUAUGCUGCCUAAUGACCAUCGGUGUUUGGGGUCUUUUUAUCACGGCUAUUCCAUUGACUGUCUUCAUCAGCCGAUGGUUACGUGAUUAUAGGAAUCGUAAUGGCUUAAAUGGUGCUGGCGAACUUCUUGCUCCUCAAUUGCUUCUUCUUGUAUUGCUCGUAUGUUCGUUCUUAUACACGUUCAUGCGUCGCUCAUAA